UAUUAACUGCUAUUGUAUAUUUGUUUAAAAUGGAAAAAGAUUACAUGUUUAAUGUUAGCAGAGAGGAGUAUUAGGAAUUAUAACGGCUCUAAUUCAACGCGUGAAAUUAACAUUCAUUCGCCACUGUAGCUUAAAACGUGGAAUUUUGACUGUUUCGCAACUCUAAUACAGAUUAAUUUUACUCACUAGUAACGAUAAUACAAAAUCGCGACUUGCCCGAUAUGGAGCCUAUCAGCCAAAAACACAAACUACUACUCAACUACUAGUCCAAUUUCGUUAUGAACAUUCCAAAUAGACAUUAGAAGUUUAACAAUUUCAUAGAAAUUUAUGUAUGAAAUGUAACAGGUUGAAAAUUGUAAUAUACAUGAUUUGGGAAGUAGAAGCUGUAUAAAAUAUUUAAUUUGAUUUGUAAACAGCGUUGCAAUUGCCCCUUAUCAAAUAAACAGGAUUUUCAUCGAAAUUAUUUUCUAUAAAUAUAUCUUCUAUAAAAAUAUACUUUGUCUGAAACAUACAGAGACGAGGCGUAUUUUGUAAUCAUGUAGUUUUAUGUAAAAAAAUAGAAAGGAUUUUUUCUGAGGUAAACGAUAAGUACAUUUUUCGAAAGCGAGAACAAUGACUGUUCGAAUGGUACGCUAUCAUUUACAUCGGUAUUUCAGAUUUCAAGCAGAGGUUUGGCAAGAGGAUAAAAUGAUAGAAUAAAUGGAUCGCGGUCAUUUUUUUCUCUGACGACAACCAGUCGAAGGUUUUGGAUUUUUAGUCCAAGGUCGGAGGGGGAUAAGUUAACGAUAUAUUAUUGAAAGAGUGAAAAAGAGAAAAAGGAGAUUCGGGCGUGGCAGAGAAAAGUAUACAAACGAUUACGCAUGUUCCUAUGGCGAAAGUCAUUUUCGGUGCUCGUUCGAAACACGCCCUUGUACCCCACCUGAUUUCGCGUAUCUCAUUCACCUACCCGAACCGGACUAUAUAAGAUUUCGGAUACCAAAGGAUCAGCACGCACUUGCUUUCGUACAUUGUUAGCGAAUCGACGAAGGUUCUCUUUCAGACUCACAAUGUUCUCGAAGAUCAUAGUACUCGCUUGCAUUCUUGCCAUGAGCAACGCCGGUAUCUUGGCACCAGCUGGACAAUAUACUCUGACCCCUGCGGCUUUAACGUCCACAUCGGACAAUAUCCUUCGCAGCUCGGGAAAUCUGGCACAAAUUGCGACCCAAUCGAAGACAGUUGCCACCCCAUUCUCGAGCACUAGCAGAUCCGACAUUCGCGUAACCAACCCGGCCAUCUAUGCUCACACUGCUCCAGUGGCAUACGCCGCAGCCCACGCACCUUUGGCAGCACCCUUGGCAGCACCCGUGAGCCCACUCCUUGGCGUCGCUUAUUCUCCAGCGGUAGCUGUUUCGCACAUGGCCUACAGCAGCCCUAUCGGUGUCUCUUACUCUUGGUAAUCGUGUCUCCUUCUG